AUGCCUAACUUUUGCUUGGAUCGAAAUUGGGUUGGGCCAAAAUUUGUCCACACUUCUCCUGCCGUUCACUUGCGGCCCAAUGGGCCCAUGUACAAGCCCAAAACUGGGUCGUCUAAGGAAUUUGUCUCUCCUCUGCGCGCCGCUGAUUCUUCUUCUUCUUCUUCCUCUCACUCUCGCUCGAUAGAGAAAAACACCGGAGUAAAGGAGUACACCCGGCGGCGCAAAACCUCUCCACAGAUGGCCUUAAGAGGUGUUUGGCAGCUGAGAAAGCUGAUUGUGAGUUACUCUGAUUGGGGUGGAAGUAGCAGGGGCAUCAGGGCAUUCAUGGAGAAGCACCUUCCAUCGUUCAAAGAGGCGAAUCCCCAUCUGAAUGUGGAAACUGAGCUCAUUCGAGGCCAACACCCCCACUUGAAGGCCUUUUACAAGAACAACAAUGAGCGCGUGGUAUGCGUGAGGAACAUGACUCCAGAAGAAGUACUGCUGCAUGCUACCCGGUUGAGAAAUGCCUUGGGGAGGAAGGUGGUGAAACUGAAGACGAGGCACGUGACCAAACACCCGAGUGUGCAAGGUACAUGGACGACUGAUGUGAAGAUGAGAAUUGAGAACUCUUUUAAUUUUAAGGAUAACAAUAUGAACCUUUCUGUUCUGCAGAAAAUCAUGACCGCUGUAAAUGCUGAGCUAGCCCGAUCAAUUGGAGCAUCCAUGAGCUCAUCUUCAACCAAACUCGACAUCUCACGUCGAGCUGUGGAUAGAUGUACUUUUAGCCCUUCCUUCAAGGGACGCUCGCUUCAAGCAGUAGAAGUUACUGGUGCAGCUAAAGACAGAGUCUUUGCAAUGGGAAAUGAAAGUGGGAGCAGUGGGUCUAUCAGCGGGCUGACUUACAAGGAUGCCGGUGUUGAUAUCGAUGCUGGGUCGGAACUGGUGAGGAGGAUUGCUAAGAUGGCUCCUGGAAUUGGUGGUUUCGGCGGUCUUUUCCCUCUCGGGGAUUCAUAUCUUGUUGCCGGUACAGAUGGUGUGGGUACUAAAUUAAAACUUGCUUUUGAGACAGGAAUCCAUGACACUAUCGGCAUUGAUUUGGUUGCAAUGAGUGUCAAUGAUAUAGUCACUUCAGGUGCAAAACCACUCUUCUUCCUUGAUUACUUUGCAACUAGUCAUCUUGAUGUCGACCUGGCCGAAAAGGUUAUUAGAGGCAUUGUGGAUGGCUGCCAACAAUCUGACUGUGCACUGUUGGGAGGAGAGACUGCAGAGAUGCCAGAUUUCUAUGCAGAGGGUGAAUAUGAUCUCAGUGGUUUUGCAGUCGGUAUAGUUAAGAAGGAGUCGGUCAUUGAUGGGAAGAACAUUGUAGCUGGGGAUGUUUUGAUUGGAUUACCAUCUAGUGGAGUCCAUUCCAAUGGAUUUUCACUUGUCAGAAGGGUUAUAGAUCGAAGUGGUCUUUCUCUGAAGGACCAACUUCCUGGAAAGGACCUUACAUUAGGCGAGGCUCUAAUGGCCCCUACUGUUAUAUAUGUCAAGCAGGUGCUGGACAUAAUCGGCAAAGGAGGUGUAAAAGGCAUAGCCCACAUUACAGGAGGUGGGUUUACGGAUAACAUACCGAGAGUAUUCCCCAAAGGUCUUGGAGCUGCUAUUUACAACAACUCCUGGGAAGUCCCACCCGUCUUUAAAUGGAUCCAAGAGGCUGGAAACAUAGAAGAUGCCGAGAUGAGAAGAACAUUCAACAUGGGCAUCGGGAUGGUCAUAGUGGUGACUAAGGAAGUAGGAAGAAGAAUUAUCGAGGAUGGACAACACAAGGCGUGCCUAAUUGGCGAGGUCGUGGGGACCGAAGGAGUGAGCUAUCUAUAGCCGACAGAUCGAUGGUAUCUUCCUUUGGAGUGGUUCCUGAUACGAAAUCAGAUAUCUACAAGUUGCAGGCUGUUUAUGUGCUUUGCUUGUACCAGGGUGAAUCCUCAAUGAUGGGUAGCUAGAUCUCCUUCACAUAAAAUUUUGCCCUUUUCUCAUUCCCUCCGUAACUCAAUGCGAUAACAUGUCUUGAGGUGGAGAAUGCUGUACCAGAGGUCAUACCGAAUAACUUAGCGGAAUAAUAUUCUAGUGGUACAACCGUGGUUCAAUACGUUGUAAUAUUGUUGUUUCCUCUGUUUACUUUUCCCGACAAUUCAUCACGCUCUAUAUGGCAGGAUGUAGCCAAAGCCUAAGAUUUGCAGCCAAAAGGGAGAAGAAGCUGUACCAUUUUUUUGUAAUUAACACAAGACAACAUCAAUAGGGUACACUAAGGAACACCUGAAACAUCCUAAAGCUUACCAAACCAGAUUUUACAAAGUAAAGAUGUCUUCAAAAAUGGUGAGAUCCCAGAUCGUUCUACACUGAUUGCUGCUUUCCCACGAGGACAUAAAUGGCGUAUAUCAUACCAGGAAGGUAGCCAAACAUCGUCAGCAACAAGUCUAUCCAGAAUUCCACCCCGCAUCCAAAACGGAGAAAGACGCCGACUGGCGGUACCAAAAUGGCCAAUAUCACCUCGAUUAAUAUCAUUGAACCCAUUCUCCCGUUCUUCCUAUGUUGUGUGUUCUUGGUUAAGGAGAAGGAUUUUGUGCUGAUAAAUUUUGUUAGGGGAAUGUACAAGAAGAUGGAGGGUAGGAAGGAAUGAUAGAGAGAUGGAGGGGAGGGAGAGGAAAAGAUAGCCAAAACCC